UGAGGCGGCGGCGGCGGCCGAGUGGGACGCGGUUGACGGGAGUGGGGAAACGGCAUGGACGUUUCGGGGCAGGAAACCGACUGGCGGAGCGCCGCUUUCCGGCAGAAGCUGAUCAGCCAAAUUGAGGAUGCCAUGAGGAAAGCUGGUGUGGCCCACAGUAAAUCUAGCAAGGACAUGGAGAGCCAUGUGUUCCUGAAGGCCAAGACCCGGGACGAAUACCUUUCUCUCGUGGCCAGGCUCAUUAUCCAUUUUCGAGACAUUCAUAAUAAGAAAUCUCAAGCUUCUGUCAGUGAUCCUAUGAAUGCACUGCAGAGCCUCACUGGUGGACCUGCCACAGGAGCAGCCGGAAUCAGCAUGCCUCCUCGAGGCCCAGGACAGUCCCUGGGUGGGAUGGGUGGCCUUGGUGCCAUGGGACAGCCAAUGCCCCUCUCGGGGCAGCCUCCCCCUGGGACCUCGGGGAUGGCGCCUCACGGCAUGGCUGUUGUGUCUUCGGCAGCUCCGCAGACCCAGCUGCAGCUCCAACAGGUGGCACUGCAGCAGCAGCAGCAGCAGCAACAGCAGCAGUUCCAGCAGCAGCAGGCAGCACUGCAGCAGCAGCAGCAACAGCAACAGCAGCAGUUCCAAGCUCAGCAGAAUGCCAUGCAGCAACAGUUCCAGGCAGUGGUGCAACAGCAGCAGCAGCAGCUCCAGCAACAGCAGCAGCAGCAGCAGCACCUGAUUAAAUUGCAUCAUCAAAACCAGCAACAGAUACAGCAGCAGCAGCAGCAGCUACAGCGGAUGGCACAGCUACAGCUGCAACAGCAGCAGCAGCAGACUUUGCAGGCCCAGCCUCCCAUACAGCAGCCCCCAAUGCAGCAGCCGCAGCCCCCACCCUCACAGGCCCUGCCGCAGCAGCUGCAGCAGAUGCAUCACCCACAGCACCAUCAGCCGCCACCACAGGCCCAGCAGCCACCAGUUGCUCAGAACCAACCAUCGCAACUCCCACCACAGUCCCAGUCCCAGCCUUUGGUGUCACAGGCUCAAGCCCUCCCUGGACAGAUGUUGUAUGCCCAACAGCAGCUGAAAUUUGUCCGAGCUCCGAUGGUGGUGCAGCAGCCGCAGGUGCAGCCCCAAGUGCAGCAGGUGCAGCCCCAGGUGCAGCAGCAGACAGCGGUGCAGACAGCUCAGGCUGCCCAGAUGGUGGCUUCUGGAGUCCAGAUGAUCACCGAUGCCUUGGCCCAAGGCGGGAUGCACGUAAGAGCCCGGUUCCCGCCCACCACCGCUGUGUCUGCCGUCCCGUCAAGCUCCAUCCCUUUGGGCGGACAGCCCACAGCACAGGUCGGUCAGAGCAGCCUCCCCAUGCUGUCCUCACCAUCGCCCAGCCAGCAGGUGCAGACCCCGCAGUCAAUGCCACCUCCCCCACAGCCAUCCCCACAACCCGGCCAGCCCAGCUCACAGCCCAACUCCAAUGUCAGCUCUGGUCCUGCCCCAUCCCCUAGUAGCUUCCUGCCCAGCCCCUCCCCACAGCCUUCCCAGAGCCCAGUGACAGCGCGCACCCCACAGAACUUCAGCGUCCCCUCACCUGGACCUUUAAACACCCCUGUAAACCCCAGCUCCGUCAUGAGCCCAGCCAGCUCCAGCCAGGCCGAGGAGCAACAGUACCUGGACAAGCUGAAGCAGCUGUCCAAGUACAUUGAGCCCCUGCGCCGCAUGAUCAACAAGAUCGACAAGAAUGAAGACAGGAAAAAGGAUUUGAGUAAGAUGAAGAGCCUUCUGGACAUUCUGACCGACCCCUCUAAGCGGUGUCCCCUGAAGACCCUGCAGAAAUGUGAGAUUGCCCUGGAGAAACUCAAGAAUGACAUGGCAGUGCCCACGCCUCCACCGCCCCCGGUGCCACCAACCAAGCAACAGUACCUGUGCCAACCGCUCCUGGAUGCAGUCCUGGCCAAUAUCCGCUCACCUGUCUUCAACCAUUCCCUGUACCGCACGUUUGUGCCAGCCAUGACGGCCAUCCAUGGCCCACCCAUCACGUACGUACAGCCAGGGCUGGGCCUUGCAGUGGACAGCAGGCUGUGGGCCAUGUGUGGCCAGUGUGGUCAUCAUGGCCUCCUCCUCAGGGCACCUGUAUUGUGCACCCGGAAGCGCAAGUUUGAGGAGGAUGAGCGGCAGAGCAUCCCCAACGUGCUACAAGGGGAGGUGGCCAGAUUAGAUCCCAAAUUCCUGGUAAACUUGGACCCUUCUCACUGCAGUAACAAUGGCACCGUCCACCUGAUAUGCAAGCUGGAUGACAAGGACCUCCCGAGUGUACCGCCACUGGAGCUCAGUGUGCCCGCUGACUACCCUGCCCAGAGCCCUCUGUGGAUCGACCGGCAGUGGCAGUAUGACGCCAACCCCUUCCUGCAGUCGGUGCACCGGUGCAUGACCUCAAGGCUGCUGCAGCUCCCUGACAAGCACUCGGUCACGGCCCUGCUCAACACCUGGGCACAGAGCAUCCACCAGGCCUGCCUCUCGGCCGCCUAGCCCAGCCAGCAGGGACAGCCAACAGCUUUAUCGGGGCUGUGGACAUACUGCCUCCUAUUGGACACUUCUAGGUGUUGGCUUCCUAAGAAAGCCUGGGGUUAGGUUAGCUUUCCUGCUUUUAUCUUCUGCCUUGGGGACCUGCCAAACAUUUUCCCAUACUUGUACAGAACCUGGGACAGGUGUCUGUGGAGCUGACUGCGUGGGGGGGUUGGCCGUUGUCUUAGAGAAGAUUCUCCAUGCAAUUUCCUCCAGGGAGUCAGACAGCACCCUGGGCCCCCACCCCUCAGGAAGUCCUCCCCACAGCCUCUGCAGGGCCUGUGUCCAUUCUCAGCAGUGUUUGGGAGACUCAGGGUCCUGCUAGAGCAUCUUGUGUGUGUGCUAGGAAACACUUCUGCUCAUUUCCAUAUGAGAUCAUGGAGCACAUAGGAAACCCUUCAAACACACACACAAUUAUCUGAUCAUGGUUUUGGGUUUAGGCUGUGCCACUUUUGGCAUGUAGGGCAUACCACAGGGAAGCUCCUGGGUUCCGGGCACAGGCUGCAUCUUGCAGGGAAGGCUGGCAUGUGAGUGGCUUCAGGUCUCCUGCCACCAGCUGGGCCUCAGACCUCAUGGCGUUCCUGCUCAGCACUGUGGGAGUGCCCAGGGAGCAGGGCGUCUGAAGAUCCUGUCCCUGGCACCUUUGUGCCAUUCUCCGAUCAGGGUGCCAUGUCCCUGCUGUGAAGGAUGAAGAGUGACCAGCCGGGCACUGUCCUCAGGACCCAGCAUCCUCAGAGCACCAAUAUUCUGCGCCACUACAGAGAAUGCAGGCUCCCUACCGGGACAUGGCCACACAGCGCCUCCACAUGAUUGGGCGUUGGCCGGCAGCCCUCUGGUGACGAGAAGUCCCCCCUUUUGUAUGUGCACUACCCUGUCAUCUGUGGUUCUUAUAAUAAAUUUAUUAUUCCUGUGUUUGUCAGUA